AUGGCGCCCGGGGAAGGAGGCUACCGCCAGAUAAACAAGGCUCUCAACAUAUGCGUUUUUGAAGAUUACCUAGAGAGCCAGCAGAGAUGUCUGCCCACACUGCUUGAUGUAGACGAGCUUAGCCCGCGAGUUAUUCGAAUCCUCGGUCAGAAUCCAGGAAAGUUCACUCUACAAGGAACAAACACAUUCAUCGUAGGGACGGGUCCCGAACGCCUCCUCAUCGACACCGGCCAAGGCAUCCCAGAUUGGGCUGAUCUGAUCUCUCGCACUCUCUCGGCCAGCGGAAUUUCCCUCUCACACGUCCUUCUCACCCACUGGCACGGCGACCACACUGGCGGGGUCCCCGAUCUCAUCCGCAUGUAUCCGGAUCUGGUCUCGUCGAUAUACAAGCACACGCCGAGCACCACGCAGCAGCCGAUCGUAGACGGUCAGAUCUUUCGCGUGGAGGGUGCCACCGUGCGAGCGGUGCACACACCGGGUCACACCGACGACCAUAUGUGCUUCAUCCUCGAGGAGGAGUCCGCCAUGUUCACGGGCGAUAAUAUCCUUGGCCACGGCACCUCUGCCGUGGAGCACCUGAAAACGUGGAUGGAAACGCUGCGCAAGAUGCAGGCCCAGGGCUGUAGACAGGGCUACCCAGCACACGGCAUUGUGAUUGCCGACCUGCGGGCCAAGAUAGCCGGCGAGCUGGCGCAGAAGCUGCGGCGCGAGCGACAGGUCUUGAAAGCGCUGGUGCAGACCAAGCGCGACGAGAGAGGCGCCGGUCAGGGACAGGGACGAGGCAAGGGCAGCGUCACUGUCCAGCAGCUCGUGGCGGCUAUCUAUGGGGAGGGAGUGGAGGCCGGGCUUAGGGAGUUGGCGCUGGAGCCGUUCAUGGACGAGGUUCUGCGGAAAUUAGCCGAGGAUGGGAUUGUGGCAUUUGAGGUGAGAAAGGGAGUGAAGAAGUGGUUUGCGCUUGAGGAGUUUAGAACCAAUUAA